AAAAAGAAUAUUGCGUAUAUGAAAUAAAAAUAUUUCAAAAAUUUGAAGAAAAUAGCGGAAUUUAAGAGAUUCAUAGAGUUUCAUUUCCAGGAGAAUCUAAUACUUUUUGCCCUCGAGAUUUCUUCAUCGAUCGGUUGUUUCCUUCUCCAGGGUUUGGUUUCUCUCCGUGCGAAAGCUGGUUGGUACUUUUCCGGUCGGUGAAUUCGUUUUGAUUAAGGCCCUGCAGCUUUUUCACAGGUUGAAGCUAGGUUUUGGAUUGAAUUAGGGUUUGGCCUGUGGCUUGAUUAUCAUUAACUGGUUAGGAGCUGGUGGAUUGAAUCAACGAUUUGUGUCUGUUUGUUCCGGGUUUGAGGUUUCUUGAUUCAGUAAACAUGGCGGAUGCAAUCGGAACGAUAUCUUUAUUGGGGCAUCGUCCUUCAGUUGUGAGGGUCUGUCUUAAGAAUGUAUCGAAAACACAGAAACCUCAGUACAAGGUCCAGUUCCCGGUGAAGGUGGAUUUCAGUCGGAAGAUGGUUCUUACUCAUCCGAUACAGAGCGUGAAAAAGAGCCGGGCAUAUGUAUUCCCUAUUAGGGCUCUUGCCAUGGAGCUGACGAAAGAGAUACCUGCCUCUAAAGACGAGGAGAGAGUAACACGAACAUGGAAUUACCUCGAUUCGUGUGUUGAUAGGAAACCCGGGUUAUGGCCUCCCAAGAACAAAGCUGACAAACCCUCGUUGCAAAAUCCAUUACUCAGGCAAGAAAGGCUGGGUUGUGGUUGGUUAGGUGCGAUAUUCGAGUGGGAAGGUGUGUUAGUAGAGGAAAAUCCCGAUCUCGAGAAGCAAGCAUGGCUAACUCUUGCUCAGGAAGAAGGAAAAUCCCCUCCACCAGCUUUUAUCCUUAGACGUGUAGAAGGGAUGAAAAACGAGCAAGCGAUUUCAGAGGUUCUCUGUUGGUCGAGAGACCCCGCACAGGUUAGAAGGAUGGCAUCUAGGAAAGAAGAGAUCUUUCAAGCUCUACAUGGAGAGAUGUAUAGACUACGAGACGGAUCACAAGAAUUCGUAAACGUUUUGACCCGUUAUGAGAUUCCAAUGGCAUUGGUCUCCACACGUCCCCGAAAGACGUUAGAGAAGGCAAUCGGGUCAAUAGGCAUAGAGGGGAACUUCAGUGUGAUAGUUGCAGCAGAAGAUGUUCAUCGGGGAAAACCCGACCCCGAGAUGUUCCUUUACGCCUCUCAGCUUCUGGAAUUCAUACCCGAACGCUGCAUCGUGUUUGGGAACUCUAAUCAAACAAUCGAGGCAGCUCACGAUGGGCGGAUGAAAUGCGUGGCAGUGGCAAGCAAACAUCCAAUGUACGAACUCGGGGCGGCUGAUCUCGUGGUAAGAAGACUCGAUGAGUUAUCGGUCGUUGACCUGAAGAAUCUUGCAGACAUUGAAUCAGCGGAAUUCGGGGAAAUGGAACCGGAACUUGAGCUGGAGGAGGAAGACGAGCAUGUCCCGCCUUCGUCGGCCAUGGCCGUUGAUGAUAUCUUCUGGUGAAGUUCUCUGUUAACAUACUUGUACAGUCUUAUCGAUUUGGCCUGUCCCCGUUAUUUCAUACUGGCAAAUGUAGUUUCAGUAUUGGUCCUUGUGUAUAAUUCAAGAUAGAUAACGGGGAAAACAUAUGUAUACGUAUACGUAUACGGUUGGUUUAUGGUGUAUACGUAUAUCAUUGAUACUUUGUUGUUGUUGUUGUUGUUGUUGUUGUUGU